CGAUCAAGAUACAGCCAAGGAUUCAGUGACUCAGGAAUAAGAUGCUUCAUGUCUCCAAACACAAGACUACCCCAUUGUCAAUGGAUGCUUUAAGCUUGACAACACAUUCUGUAUACGUAGUAAGAAGCUAAUCAGGCUCCGGGGAGCAUCCUCCUCCAUAUUAAAGCUGAUUGUGCAGCUGUCUACGUGCACAUCGUGAAAUAGAGACAGCUCAAUGACCAGAAGAGUUUUACAUCCAUCAUCUUUCUUUACACAUUGAAAUGACAGCAGUACUGGACAAAGGAUUUCAAAUGCCUUGCCUGGAUAAGAUAUUUGAGUAACCUAUAGAUCAUGGCUACUGCUACUCGAGAACAUUGUCUCUUACGACAGCGUAAUCCACAGCUACGUUAUAUGCGAAGUCCAGAGAAUCUCCAAAGUUUUGCAACUGGAAGCGCAAUGACUGAGAACUUGAACUUUCAGCGAGCCAACAGUGACACUGACUUGGUAACCUCUGACAGUCGUUCCAGCCUGACAGCCAGCAUGUGUGAAUACAUACUUGGUCAUGCUCAGGAACUUAUCAUCUUCUGGGAUAUAAAGGAAGAAGUGGACCCCACUGAUUGGAUUGGGCUUUAUCACAUUGAUGAAAGUUCUCCUGCAAAUUUUUGGGAUUCCAAAAACAGAGGUGUAACAGGAACGCAAAAGGGACAAAUUGUCUGGAGAAUUGAAUCGGGUCCAUAUUUUAUGGAACCUGAAAUAAAAAUUUGUUUCAAGUAUUAUCAUGGCAUCAGUGGAUCUUUGAGAGCUUCAACACCUUGCAUCACUGUGAAAAAUCCAUCUGCUAUAAUGGGGGCUGAUGGUGCAGAAGGUUUUUCUGCUAGUCACCAAUGUCGAAAAUUAGCCAGCUUUACUUUAUCAGAUCUCAGAGCAGUAGGGUUAAAGAAGGGAAUGUUUUUUAAUCCUGACCCUUAUCUGAAGAUGUCUAUUCGACCUGGGAAAAGAAGCACAUUCCCGACAUUUGCCCAUCAUGGCCAGGAAAGGAGAUCAACUAUUAUAGCAAACACUACAAAUCCAGUAUGGCACAGAGAGAAAUAUUGCUUUGUUGCAUUGCUAACUGAUGUUUUGGAAAUUGAAAUAAAAGAUAAAUUUGCCAAAAGUCGUCCUAUCAUCAAGCGGUUUCUUGGAAAAUUAACUAUUCCUGUCCAAAGACUCUUGGAGAGACAUGCCAUUGGGGAUCAAAUACUCAGCUAUAAUCUUGGUAGAAGACUCCCAACCGAUCAUGUCAGUGGAUAUUUACAGUUCAAAGUUGAAAUUAUGUCAUCAGUUCAUGAUGAUGCUUCUCCAGAGGCUGUGGGCACGCUGCUUGCAGAAAGUAACAUAAACGGAGACCUUGGUACACCUUCUGAUGAUGAAGAGAUGGCUGCUGGUCAAGAUGUGCAUUCCACGUGUUCCAAUGGACCAGUUUUUGCAGAAACUUUGUUAGAUGGAGUAAGAUGUGGCACUGUUGAGACAGACUGUGAAGAGGCAACUAGUGCUACUUCAAGGAUAUCACCCAUCCGUAAUCGCCAGGACUCACUUAACGAUUACCUUGAUUCCCUUGAACACAGCAACAAUGCCAAAAGCAAUGCUGCUACAUCUGUUUCCUGCGAUCGAUCACUUGGUGCAUCACCAAAGCUAAGGAGCAGUUUUCCUACUGACACAAGACUUAAUGCCAUGCUUCACAUUGAUUCAGAUGAAGAAGAUCAUGAAUUUCGUCAGGACUUGAUAUGUAAUUCCCCUCUGCUGGAUGAAGGUUCUCAGUUAGAUGGCAAUCAAGCAUUACGAUCACUUCCUUCAGUCCGGCCAGAUGUUGGCAGAUACCAGAGGAUAGAUGAAGCUUUACCUCCCAAUUGGGAGGCAAGAAUUGACAGUCAUGGCAGAAUAUUUUAUGUUGAUCAUGUAAAUCGUACAACAACGUGGCAGCGUCCUACAGCUCCUCCAGCUCCACAAAUUUUGCAGAGGUCAAAUUCUAUCCAGCAGAUGGAGCAGCUUAAUAGACGAUAUCAAAGCAUUCGAAGAACAAUGACAAAUGAUCAACCAGAUGAGGUGGCAAAUCCGGUUGAUGCAGCAGUGCCAGUUGAGGAUGUUGAUUAUCAUCAUUCAAAUGCAGACUUCCGUAGAGAGAACGCACUUCCUCAUUCUACCUCAAGGUCGAGGCUCAGUCUGCUUCUUCACUCUCCCCCGGUGAAAUUCCUCACUAGUCCUGAGUUCUUCACAGUUUUGCAUUCAAACCCUAGUGCCUAUCGCAUGUUUACAAAUAAUUCUUGUUUGAAGCAUAUGAUCACCAAAGUUCGGAGAGAUGCACACCAUUUUGAACGUUACCAACAUAAUCGGGAUCUUGUAGGUUUUUUGAAUUUAUUUGCCAAUAACCAAGUUGAGUUACCAAGAGGCUGGGAAAUGAAGCAUGAUCAUCAAAGCAAGCCCUUCUUUGUUGAUCAUAAUUCUAGAAGUACUACAUUUAUUGACCCACGUCUUCCAUUACAAAGCAGCAGACCAACUAGUGCACUAUUACAUCGGCAGCAUUUAACAAGGCAACGCAGCCACAGUGCUGGGGAGGUUGGGGAAGAUGCACGACAUUCAGGUCCCCCAGUUUUACCUAGGCCUUCUAGCACGUUUAACACAGUCACUAGAAGUCACUGUCCUGAUAUGAUGCCUGUUGGUUACAAUGAAAAAAUUGUAGCGUUCCUGCGUCAACCUAACAUCUUUGAAAUUCUCCAGGAACGCCAGCAUGAGCUCUGCCGAAACCAUUCACUCAGGGAAAAGAUACAGUUUAUUCGGGCAGAAGGACCCUCAGGACUUGUUCGCCUCUCUGGUGAUGCAGAUCUUGUAAUUCUAUUAAGUCUUUUUGAAGAAGAAAUAAUGUCAUAUGUUCCACCACAUGCCUUACUACAUCCCAGCUAUUGCCAGUCUCCACGUGGUUCUCCAGUGUCUUCUCCACAAAACUCUCCUGGAACCCAGCGUGCCAAUGCCAGAGCACCAGCACCUUAUAAGAGGGACUUUGAAGCAAAGUUACGGAAUUUCUACCGAAAAUUAGAAUCGAAAGGCUAUGGUCAAGGACCUGGGAAAUUAAAAUUAAUCAUAAGAAGAGACCAUUUACUUGAAGAUGCCUUCAACCAAAUCAUGGGAUAUUCCAGAAAAGAUCUGCAGAGGAAUAAGCUGUAUGUUACUUUUGUCGGUGAAGAAGGGUUGGAUUACAGUGGGCCAUCAAGGGAAUUUUUCUUUCUUGUCUCAAGAGAAUUAUUUAACCCAUACUAUGGGUUAUUUGAAUAUUCGGCAAAUGACACUUAUACGGUACAAAUAAGUCCAAUGUCUGCAUUCGUUGACAAUCAUCAUGAAUGGUUUAGAUUCAGUGGCCGAAUCUUGGGUCUUGCACUUAUACAUCAGUAUUUACUAGAUGCCUUCUUCACACGUCCAUUUUAUAAGGCCCUUCUACGAAUACUUUGUGAUUUGAGUGAUUUGGAAUAUCUGGACGAAGAAUUUCACCAGAGCCUGCAGUGGAUGAAGGACAAUGAUAUCCAUGACAUGCUGGACCUUACGUUUACCGUGAAUGAAGAAGUAUUUGGGCAGAUUACAGAGAGAGAGCUAAAGCCAGGGGGAGCCAACAUUCCCGUAACAGAGAAGAACAAGAAAGAAUACAUUGAAAAAAUGGUGAAAUGGAGAAUUGAAAGGGGGGUUGUACAGCAGACGGAAAGCCUGGUGCGGGGCUUUUAUGAGGUGGUGGACGCUCGUCUAGUAUCUGUGUUUGAUGCAAGGGAGCUUGAGCUUGUUAUUGCAGGAACAGCGGAGAUUGAUUUAGGAGACUGGAGAAACAAUACAGAGUACAGAGGAGGCUACCAUGACACUCACAUUGUCAUUAGAUGGUUUUGGGCCGCUGUUGAAAGAUUUAACAAUGAGCAGCGUCUCCGUUUGCUACAGUUUGUUACAGGUACUUCCAGUAUCCCAUAUGAAGGUUUUGCCUCCCUUAGAGGCAGCAAUGGGCCAAGACGUUUCUGUGUGGAGAAGUGGGGAAAAAUCACAGCUCUUCCCAGGGCCCAUACAUGUUUCAACCGACUAGAUCUUCCACCAUACCCUUCAUUUUCUAUGCUGUAUGAGAAGCUUUUAACUGCUGUUGAGGAAACAAGUACAUUUGGCCUUGAGUAAUUCCAUCUAGUUAUGACUUUCUGAAGCACUUUUAUCAAGCGGAAGGUUUGCAUAGCUGGCAUAACUACUCCAAAACUUCACAAGUACAGUUACUUUGGAAAACAGACUUUUUCAGUUAUGUUGUGCCAAAAUCCACAAACCUGAGACACUACCGUGUCACUGUUUCUGCACAAAUAUGAAGGAUAUGUUUUGUACGACAACAUGGAUGAAAGGAAGACUAUAAUGAACAAUAUAAUUUAACAAUAUGAAAUACUUUCUGCUGACAUGACAUCUGUUGUCCUACUGGGACAAAACAGAUAAACUGCACUAAGUGGAAAUAAAAAGUGACAGAUAUACACAUUAUAUAAUGCAUUCCAGUUUUGCAGGUAAUGUUAAGGUGCUUGCAUGCUAUGCAUCUUAAUUUUAGUUACACUAGCCAA